UUCAGUGCGACGUAUGUCCGGGCAAAGAAACAAAAGUCGGCGGUCUGCUCAUCGUAUACCACGACCAGUUUGUCUUACAUUGGCAAGAUCGAAAAUGACGUUCAACACCUGAAAAAAAAAAAAACUAAACUCCUACAAGGAACUAACAGCCUUUAUCUUCUUCCUCAGUUGGUACCUCUGUGCAUUCAAGAUUGCGUGGGCGUCGGAGGUUUAUUAGUUUGAGGGAGGGAUAAUGGACAAUGGGAAAGCGCCGGUGGAGGAGGGGACAGUGGCGUGUGCGUCGUGGAUCAGACGGCCGGAGAACGCUCACCUGGUGGUCAUCGGAAAGUCCAACCCUUCUUCGCUGCAGAUUUUUUCCUUCCAUCCCAAAACUACUUCGCUUUCUCCUUCUCCAAAGGCAAAGUAUGCGUUUGAAGGAGAAUGUGAACCUGUGAGCAUUGCGGUGCAUCCCAGUGGAGACGUCGUCGUUUGCUCUACUACCACUGGUUGCAAAUUGUUCGAGUUGUAUGGUCGGGAAGAUAACCUAAAACUUUCGUGUAAAUACUUAAUUCAUCUCCAAAAUGUUGGUCCACAACAGUGCUUGGCCUUCAGUGUUGAUGGAUCUAGAUUGGCUGCUGGUGGUGUUGAUGGACAUUUCAGACUCUAUGAGUGGCCAAACAUGCACAUUAUUGUAGAUGAACCAGGAGCUCACAAGUCAUUUCAAGAUAUGGAUUUUAGCUUAGAUUCCGAGUUCUUAGCUUCAACAUCUACUGAUGGUGCAGCGAGAAUAUGGAAGACAAGUGAUGGUAUUCCGGUGUCAUCUCUAGCACGAAACCCUGACGAGAAGUUUGGACUUUGUCGCUUUUCUAAAGAUGGAACAAAGCCAUUCUUGUUUUGCACUGUCCAAAAGGGUGAUAAGACGGUGAUUGCUGUCUGGGAUAUUUGUGAGUGGAAGAAAAUUGGGCAUAAAAGUCUUCUGAAAAAGCCAGCUUCCGUAAUGUCAGUUAGUUUAGAUGGGAAAUACCUUGCCAUUGGAAGCAAAGAUGGGGAUGUUUGUACUAUUGAAGUGAAAAAGAUGGAGGUUUCCCACUCGAGUAAGAGACUUCACUCGGGCUCAAACAUUGCAUCCUUGGAGUUUUGUCCUAGUGAAAGGGUUGUUCUUACUUCAUCAGCUGAAUGGGGGGCAAUGGUAACCAAGUUAAGUCUUCCUGCAGAAUGGAAAGAAUGGCAGCUUUAUCUGUUACUCCUGGGAAUGUUCUUAGCAUCAGCUGUUGCAUUUUACGUAUUCUUCCAGAAAUCCCAGUCUUUUUGGAACUUCCCCGAUCCAUCCUCGAGACCAACAGACAUCUGAAGACUGAAUCAUGUUUGGACAUUUGGAAUACACAAUCUUAUCGAUCCAGGGAUCGUUUGGAUCCAUGUUCUUUCAAUAUAUUCCGAGAUUUUUAACAGACUGUAUUCAGGCUAUUAUGUUAUAGAACCAGAAAACUUUUUGCAGACAGUUAGUAACCUAAAGACUCAUUUCAACUACUUGUAGCCUAACUAUUAACAGCUUUUCUUUUGUCUCAAAACAUUGUUAAGGUUUUUUGUUUCUGUUCAAUGAACACAUCCUGGUUGUUUGUGCUGUUCUUGUUUUUUUGUUUUUUUUUUUUCCUGACAGUUGCAGAAAAAAAAUUUGAUCUGCGUCACGUAAAGCGAGGUUAGGUAAAUGAAACAGAAACAAACUGUAAAAUAAGUAUUGUCAACUAGUUUACUUUCCAAGAUAAACAAUCUAUCCUUUGGGCAUGGUUGACUUUGAAUUGUAUGCUUUCUGCAAAAUGGUGAUAAAUAAAGUUAUCUUGUACAGAUUGCUUCUUCAAAACCAUCUUUCUCUCUCUCUCUCUUUGGUUUUUUGUUUAUGUAAUUGGAUUUUCUUUCAGUUUCAAUCAUAGCAUAAGCUUGUGAGUGAUGGAUAUGGAGGUUGAUUCUGCAGACUCUAUCUCCGAGGCUCGGAGUGGGUGUAUGGAUGAUCUGCAGAGGAAUUUGGAGAUCCUGAACAGCUUCACAGUGGGCAUGGAAGCUGGGAAGAACAAGAAGAAGAAGAAGAGGAAACGCGAAAUCGAAGCUUGGGUAGAAGAGGUAGAGAAAACCAGAGGUGAAGUUGUUGAACUGCAAGAAAGAAGUGCAGAAGGUAUGAACAUCAGAGAGUGUGUGGCAAGAUUGAAUGCUAAAGUGGAAGGGCUGAUUCAAGAGUGGAAUCAUUUGAGGGAGAUGUUUCUUGAUGGAGAAAACACAGAAAACUCUGCCAAUGUUUCAGUUUCACCUCAAGAUUUGCAGAGAAUCUGGGCUUGUUUGUCUAUUGACUUCUGAAAAAUACAACACUUUUUUUCUGGAAUUUAAUCAUGUUUG